GUUCACAAGUCUGAAAUGAAACAGCACCAAGAUCAGUAACUCAUACAGGAAAGGCACUAGGUGGAAGUAAUAACAAUUAGAGAGCAGCAGAUCAAAUGUAAUUCCUGCAUGCUGACAGAAAGAUCUCUGAAAGGCUUUAUUUACAGGUUACAUUUGCUGUGACGGAAGUGGCUGGAAGAAAGGACCAGCUAGUCCUGUGAAUUUGCAUUUUAAGUGAUUCCGGCUGAUUCCAGCAUUGCAGAAACCAAUGAGAGCCUUCCCGGUCCUUAUCAAGAGAGUUUCAGGGCAGGAUCAAACCGGCACCCUUCCUCUGAAGAUUACUCCAUGACCCCUUCUCACAGGGUGCCUACCUCAACAUUUUUAGUUCCCUCUUUGUGGAGGAGAAACGAGCUGUUUUCUGCAACUCCUGUGUCUGCAGACACAACUUUAUCUGCUGUGCUGGAGAAUACCUCUUCAUACCUGGAGAUAUGAAUGAGACCCAUGCCAACACCAACAUCAGCAGUAUCAGUGCUACUGUGGAACUAUUCCAGCUCAUCAUGUACACCCCCAUAUUCACUGUGGGAUUGCUGUUCAAUGUGAUGGCUUUGUCGUUCCUGUUUUUUAAGGUUAAAAAGCUUUCAGAGUCUACAGUCUACAUGGUAGCCCUUAUUUUCCUGGAUACUUUGUUGCUGUUUACUCUUCCUUUUAAAAUCAUUUCCUACCACCUUCAGGAUCAGUGGAACUUGGGAUCUGUGUUUUGCUCCACCUUGGAGAGUCUUUACUUUGUAAACAUGUAUGGCAGCAUCCUCAUUUCCCUCUGCAUCUGCGUAGACCGGUACAUUGCCAUCCGGCACCCUUUCACAGCUCCCACCCUGCGAUCCGUCAAGAAAGCUGCUAUGGUCUGUGCUAUCAUCUGCCUGGGCACCUCAGCCGGGACAGUCUCUACUUUCCAGCUGCAUGGAAAGGGCCACAAUAUCUCAUCCUGCUUCCAUAACUUCUCCAAGAGCACAUGGGAAAAUGCAGGCCUGUUCAGUGCCUUGGAGGCCACCUUCUUCGUCAGCAUGGCAACCAUGACCUUCUGCACUGCUCAGACCGUCAGGUGCCUAAGAAAGCACAGAAAACCAGAUAACCCCCAAACACACACCACGAGGGCAGAGAUGAUAGUGGUGACAAACCUUGUGGCAUUUCUGGUCUGCUUCACACCUUACCACGUGGCAUACUUCCUGUACUUCUUGGUGAAGAAUAACAUCAUUCACACCAGGUUUCAGCAGGUGCUACGAGACAUCCUUCAGGUCACCCUUUGCUGGGCAAACCUGAACUGCUGUCUUGAUGGGACAUGCUAUUAUUUUGUUUUAAAGGAGUCAAUGGAAGACCCAUUGCAAAACACUGUAUACAGAGUCACAUGAAAGCUGUGAUCCACAUGCUGCAUGUUAGUUACUUGUGAUGUGUCUGAGGUUUUCAUGGGAAAUUCAGGGUCCUGAACUGCUUAUGUAAGCAAUUUAUUUUAAAUAUUCAAAUCUGAAAAUAGUUCAUAAGAAACAGAACUAAGUCCAUUCCCAGGGGACUGCUCUUAACUUUUUUUUGUUUUCUUCCAUAAUGUUUUGUGUUAGCAUUUAUGGGUAAAAAGAAAUGGAAUUAUCUCUAUAAAUGAUGAUGCAUGUCUUUUUA